AUGUCUCACGCUACGAACGCAUCCUUUGAAACUUUACCAGUGGAAAUAUUUCAUCGUAUUUUCGAUAAUCUUGAUGCUCAAACUAUUGUCUUUUCAAUUCGAUCCGUAUGUCGAUUGUUUCAAAGAAUUGUCAAUACCUACAAUCGAUAUAAUUUGGAUUUUAAAUCAAUAUCAAAGUCAGAUUUUCAUCGAUUUUGUCAUUCAAUUAAUCCUCAAAAUGUUACAUCAUUGAGACUUUGUGACGAUGAACAAACUCCAAAUCAAAUAGCCUUAUUCAUGUCAUUAGUUCGUCUUCGGCAAUUUAGUCGACUUCAUGCAAUAAGCUUUCUUGGCAUUGCAGAAUUUCAAUUGAACAUGAUUUUAAAACGCAUGCAUUUAAAUUGUUUGACUUCAUUUUCAUUAAAUAUUCAACAAUAUGAUAGUAGACGGCGAAAAACAACAUUGAAAUUUCUUUCGUCAAUUUUAGUUCAUCCAAGUCUUCGAAAAGUUGAAUUAAACAUAAAAAAUGAUCUUAUACAUAAUAUAUCAUGGCCAACCAAUGUUCAGCUUGUUCAUUUAACUAUCGAUUCCGAUAUUAGUUUUGAUACUAUGUUGACUAUUCUUUCAUGUUCGUCUCAACUACAUACACUUGUUCUGAAACAAAACUUGCCAAGACUAAUGUACAAAACGAAACAAACAUUUUCUUUCCCACAAUUAACGGCAUUGACAAUAGAAAAUUUAAAUGAUACUAUGGAUAAACUCGAAUCAUUCCUAUUGUGUUUACCAUUACUUAUUGAUCUAAAAUUAAUUGGUGAACACUGUGACUUAGAUGGUAAAAGAUGUCAACAAUUUAUUCAGAUGAAUCUUCCCUAUUUGAAUAAUUUUCAGUUCUUUAUUGAUAUUAUUAAAUCAACACUUCAAACUCUGAAUGAUCUAGAACAAAUAAUUGAAUCAUUUCGAAAUCCUUUUUGGACUGACUAUAAAAAGUGGUUUGUAGCCGCUCAAUUGAAGUCUGACCCCUCGUAUUGCAUUCAAAUUUAUUCAAUACCAAUUUGUAAAUCUGUUCUUCGGUAUGAAUUCAAUUCAUAUAAUAUUUUUCGUUCGAAUUCGGCAAUUUUGUCGAAUAACGAUCCAUUGAUAAUAAAGAAUAUUAAUGAACUUAUUUUUCCAUUGAAAUCGUCAACAUAUCGAAUUAUGAAUGAAGACGAAUUAGCAACAAAUACUCCUAGAUAUUUUAAUGUAACUAAAAUUGAUGUAACUAUUGAUAGGCGAACUAUUUUGGACUCAUUAAAAUUUCUUACGUCAGUAGUCGACGUUUCAAAAUUGGUUGAAGUCAAAUUAGAAAGUUUUUAUUUUAAUAAAGACAAUCAAACUAUGUUGUUUGAAAUUGUGUCUAUUCUUGAUCAAGCACGUUCUCUUUUGUCCUUGGUAGUGCAUAGUAAUUAUUGUAAAUAUGAAUUGUAUCCAUAUUUAAAUCGUUUAUGCUCAAUAAUUCCACGUCAGCUCAAACAUUUACGAAUGCCGGCCAAUGAAUUAAAUCAAAUUGAAGUUAUUUUUGAACGAUGUCAAAAUCUGUCGAUUGUACAAUUUGAAAUAACUCGUACGAAAUUUUCGUUAGAAGUCAUUAAGUGGUUUAAUCAACAUACAGCUGAUUCAGCAUUUCGAAGACAUGUUGGAUGUGAUACUAUAUGGAUUGGAACGAAAAACAUUCUUAUAAAAGAGAAUCAUAAACGGAUCAAGUUGGAUGAAAAUCAAUCAGACAAUUGA